AUGAUGCUCGAUCUGUUCGCCGACGGAGAGAUGAAGAUAGCCUUCGACACAAUGCACAACGAGGAGGAAAAAGACAUACAGAUAUGCGGCAUCUCCUUCAGAGUGCAGCAGUUCAAGGGCUCCAUGGAGAUCCAGGAGAAGGGGAUGAUGAUCGGCUCGACGAUCUGGAACUCGUCCGUGGUGCUCUCGCAAUACCUCCAGGCUGGAGCGCCAGGAGCUUCUCAUGAGUUUGGACCUGAGGGCCUGAGAGGAAGGAGCGUGAUAGAGCUGGGGUCCGGAUGCGCGGGCCUUGUGGGGUUGACGAUGGCGGCACUCGGGUGCGAGCGGGUCGUCCUGACGGACAAGGAGGAGGUGCUCCCGAUGUUGAGGCAGAACGUGGAGAUCUUCCUGGAGGCUGCGCGGCAACAAGGGCAGUCGAUCCUCCCCGAGGGAUGCGCUGCUCUGACGGGAAAGGUAGAAGUCCUCGAGGUCGACUGGAGUGAUGUUGACAAGUUGAGUCAGCUCGCUGGCGGGGAGGGGUAUGACAUCGUGUGCGGAGCUGACAUCACCUACGGCACCUCCAUCCAUGCUGCCUUGCUCGACUCCAUGUGCGCGGUGGCCGCCCCGGACUCGAAGAUCAUCAUGGCGGAGGACCUGCGGUCCCCGGAGGCGCACAGGGCGUUCAGGUCGCGGUUCGGUGCCCUUGGACUCUUCUCUGUUCGCAUUGUCGGACCACCGAAGCAGCUCUCACAGACCAACGUGCUGACGCUCUACUGGCAAAGCCAGGCAGAGGCGAUUGCAAGGAGGAAGCAGCUGGCAAAUGGUCGGGGUUGGAUGCAGCUCGAGCAGGAGAAAGAGAAGCUCAAAGAGGCUGCUGCUCCGACCAAGAAGAAGAAUCCCGCAAUUCAAUGA